CCGUCCUGCAGGCUCCGGAGAAGAAACACAAAGUCCGCAGGGGUCAGGCUGUAGCCGCUGCUAGGAUUGCAGACAAGUUGUGUUUGUCCGGCUCCUCCAGGAACUGCAAAGCUUAAAGCCCAAGGCUGGCUGGAGCUUCUUUAAAACGCUGGGGUUGUUGGAGUGGUCGAAUUUUUCCUGGAAUUGAGUGAGAAAUUCAGAAGACUGAAGCCCAGGCUUACUGUCUACCUUUCACGGAGGCCCAGCCGUGAGAGGACAGAAGAAGGCACGUGGCGAAUCAUGACAGCUGACAAAGAAAAGGACAAAGACAAAGAGAAGGACAGGGAUAGGGACCGGGACAGGGAGCGAGACAAGAGAGAGAAAGUGAGAGAGAGCGAAAACUCCCGUCCUCGUCGGAGCUGCACUUUGGAAGGAGGUGCCAAGAAUUACGCAGAAAGUGACCACAGUGAAGAUGAGGACAAUGACAACAACAGUGCCACCACAGAGGAGUCCACCAAGAAAAAUAAAAAGAAGCCGCCGAAGAAGAAAUCUCGCUAUGAGAGAACUGACAGUGGUGAAAUAACGUCCUUCAUCACGGAGGAUGAUGUUGUCUACAGACCUGGAGAUUGCGUAUAUAUUGAAAGUCGCCGGCCGAACACCCCAUACUUCAUCUGCAGCAUUCAAGACUUCAAAUUGAGCAAACGGGACCAUCUCCUUAUGAAUGUCAAAUGGUACUAUCGCCAGUCGGAAGUCCCAGAUUCAGUCUAUCAACAUUUGGUUCAGGACCGACACAACGAGAACGACUCUGGACGAGAGCUUGUUAUUACAGAUCCAGUGAUCAAGAAUCGAGAGCUCUUCAUUUCAGAUUAUGUUGACACUUAUCAUGCUGCUGCCCUCAGAGGGAAGUGUAAUAUCUCCCAUUUCUCUGACAUAUUUGCUGCUAGAGAGUUUAAAGCCCGAGUGGAUUCAUUUUUCUACAUAUUGGGCUACAAUCCAGAGACAAGGAGGCUGAACAGCACCCAGGGCGAGAUCAGAGUUGGACCCAGCCAUCAGGCCAAGCUUCCAGAUUUGCAGCCGUUUCCUUCUCUGGAUGGCGACACUGUGACACAACAUGAAGAACUUGUGUGGAUGCCAGGGGUCAAUGACUGUGACCUGCUCAUGUACCUCAGGGCAGCAAGGAGCAUGGCAGCUUUUGCAGGGAUGUGUGAUGGAGGAUCCACAGAAGAUGGCUGUGUUGCAGCCUCUCGCGAUGACACUACACUCAAUGCACUCAACACACUACAUGAAAGUAACUACGAUGCUGGAAAAGCCCUGCAGCGCUUGGUGAAGAAGCCUGUGCCCAAACUGAUUGAGAAGUGUUGGACUGAAGAUGAAGUGAAACGCUUCAUUAAAGGGCUGAGACAGUACGGCAAGAACUUCUUCAGGAUCCGAAAGGAGUUGCUUCCCAAUAAGGAGACUGGAGAACUAAUCACUUUCUAUUACUAUUGGAAGAAAACCCCUGAAGCAGCAAGUUCCCGAGCCCACCGUAGGCAUCGAAGGCAGGCUGUGUUUCGGAGAAUUAAGACUCGAACUGCUUCCACUCCAGUCAACACUCCCUCCAGGCCCCCCUCUAGCGAAUUCUUGGACUUGAGCUCAGCCAGCGAAGAUGAUUUUGACAGCGAGGACAGUGAACAGGAACUGAAGGGUUACGCCUGUCGUCACUGCUUCACAACCACCUCCAAGGACUGGCACCACGGCGGUCGCGAAAACAUCUUGCUGUGUACUGACUGCCGCAUCCACUUCAAGAAGUACGGAGAGCUCCCGCCCAUCGAGAAACCAGUGGACCCUCCGCCCUUUAUGUUUAAGCCCGUCAAAGAGGAAGAGGAUGGACUCAGCGGAAAGCAUAGCAUGAGGACGAGGCGGAGUCGAGGCUCGAUGUCUACACUACGUAGUGGUCGUAAAAAGCAGCCAGCCAGCCCCGAUGGUAGAGCCUCGCCCACAAACGAAGACAUCAGAUCCAGUGGCCGCAACUCUCCCAGUGCUGCUAGCACCUCCAGUAAUGACAGCAAAGCAGAUUCUGUGAAGAAGUCCACCAAGAAGAUAAAAGAAGAGGCAUCUUCUCCUCUCAAGAGUUCCAAGCGCCAGCGGGAAAAGACAGCAUCUGACACAGAGGAACCGGAGAGAACCACUGCCAAAAAAUCCAAAACUCAAGAGAUCAGCAGGCCAAACUCUCCCUCGGAGGGCGAGGGCGAAGGCGAAAGCUCAGAUAGUCGCAGCGUCAAUGACGACGGGAGCAGUGAUCCAAAGGACAUUGACCAGGACAACCGAAGCACGUCACCCAGUAUCCCCAGCCCCCAGGACAAUGAGAGUGACUCAGAUUCAUCUGCUCAGCAGCAGAUGCUACAGGCGCAACCUCAAGUGCUCCAGGCACAGAAUGUCCCUGCCCAGGCUCCACCUUCUACCCCGCCCGUAUCAACACAGUUACCAACAACCAUACCAGCAGUAUCAAGCAUCCCUUCCGCUCCACUGCAGGUUUCACCAUCAGUGUCUCAGCCUCCCAGCCAGCCCCCAGCACCGCCGCCACCUCACUCUCACAUACAGCAGGCCCCUGCUUUGCACCCUCAGAGACUCCCUUCACCACACCCGCCGCUACAGCCUUUGACUGUGUCUCAGAGUCAACCCCAGGGUCCUUCCUCGUCGCAGCCACAUUCACAGCCUCCGCUUCAUGGCCAGGUCCAGCCUGUCCCUCAUAACCUGCAGGCCCAGCCUCUCCUGCCUCACCCAGUACCUCCUCAGCCUUUCCCUCUCCCCUCACAGCCUUCUCAGUCUCAGGUUCCCCUUCAGACACAGGCUGCUUCUCACCCUCACGCUGCUCUGCAGGUUCAAGCAGUGCAGCCUGCCCUGCAAGCACAGGCUCCACUGCAGCAACCUCAGCCCCCUCGGGAGCAGCCCCUGCCUCCAGCACCCAUGGCCAUGCCUCACAUCAAACCCCCUCCGACUACCCCGAUCCCUCAGCUUCCCACUCCCCAGUCCCACAAGCACCCUCCCCACCUCUCCGGGCCGUCUCCAUUCUCCAUGAAUUCCAACCUGCCGCCACCACCUGCUCUGAAACCUCUGAGCUCCCUUUCCACCCAUCACCCUCCUUCUGCGCACCCUCCGCCCUUGCAGCUGAUGCCUCAAAGUCAGCCACUGCAGUCUUCUCCAGCCCAGCCUCCAGUCCUGACUCAGAGUCAGAGUCUUCCACCAGCAGCGAGCCACCCCCCAUCCAGCCUCCAUCAGGUAUCCUCCCAGGCACCCUUUUCUCAGCAUCCAUUUGUCCCUGGGGGCCCACCUUCCAUCACUCCUCCAUCCUGCCCCUCCACUUCCACACCACCUUCCGUGCCUGGCGUCCCAUCUCAGACAUCUGUCCCCACCUCUGCGGCUUCCAGUGGAAACGUUCCAGUCGUGACGUCCUGCGCAAUACCGCCUAUUCAGAUCAAAGAGGAGGCUCCCGAUGAGGCAGAGGAACCAGAAAGCCCACCUCCCCCACCCAGAAGCCCAUCGCCUGAACCUACUGUGGUGGACACACCGAGUCAUGCCAGUCAAUCAGCCAGGUUCUAUAAGCACCUGGAUCGUGGAUACAACUCAUGCGCAAGGACAGACCUGUACUUCAUGCCUCUGGCAGGAUCCAAACUGGCCAAGAAGAGAGAGGAGGCAAUCGAGAAGGCCAAGCGGGAGGCAGAGCAGAAAGCAAGAGAAGAGAGGGAGAGGGAGAAAGAGAAGGAGAAAGAGAGGGAGCGAGAGCGGGAGCGUGAAAGAGAAGCAGAGAGAGCGGCGGUAGGUUUAUCGGUCUGCCGUGCAGGAUGGCAGAAAGUGUCCAGCUCCUCCCAUGAAGGUCGCCUUGGGGAGCCCCAGCUCACUGGACCAACUCACAUGAGACCUUCAUUUGAACCUCCACCCACAACCAUCGCCGCCGUUCCACCUUACAUAGGUCCAGACACGCCUGCGUUACGGACUCUCAGCGAGUACGCCCGUCCUCACGUGAUGUCACCAACAAACCGCAACCACCCAUUCUUUGUUCCCCUGAACCCCACCGAUCCUCUCCUGGCCUACCACAUGCCCGGCCUCUAUAAUGUGGACCCCACCAUCCGGGAACGGGAGCUCCGGGAGCGCGAGAUCCGGGAGCGCGAGAUCAGGGAAAGGGAGUUGCGAGAGAGGAUGAAACCAGGCUUUGAGGUGAAACCACCCGAACUCGAUGCACUGCACCCGGCUACCAAUCCCAUGGAGCAUUUUGCCAGGCACGGCGCACUGACUAUACCCCCAACAGCUGGACCCCAUCCAUUUGCUUCCUUCCACCCGGGUUUGAACCCCCUUGAAAGGGAGAGGCUUGCGCUGGCAGGCCCCCAGUUACGGCCUGAAAUGAGCUACCCCGACAGACUGGCCGCAGAAAGAAUACACGCCGAGCGGAUGGCGUCGCUCACCAAUGACCCGCUGGCACGGCUCCAGAUGUUCAACGUGACGCCUCACCAUCACCAACAUUCACAUAUACAUUCGCAUCUACACCUCCAUCAGCAGGACCCGCUACAUCAAGGUUCAGCAGGACCUGUUCACCCGCUGGUGGAUCCCUUGGCAGCUGGACCCCACUUGGCACGUUUUCCCUACCCGCCUGGUACCAUCCCCAACCCACUGCUAGGGCAGCCACCACACGAGCAUGAAAUGCUCCGACACCCGGUCUUCGGUACCCCCUACCCACGAGAUCUGCCUGGUGCUAUCCCACCUCCAAUGUCAGCAGCCCAUCAACUGCAGGCCAUGCAUGCCCAGUCAGCAGAGCUGCAAAGACUGGCUAUGGAGCAGCAGUGGUUGCACGGGCAUCCCCACAUGCACGGUGGGCAUCUACCAAGUCAGGAAGAUUAUUACAGAAAAAAAACCUUAUGAACAGAAAUAAGAGAGGAAUUCACCAGCAAGUAAAUCUGAACAAAUUAUUGAUGGGCAACGGUUGAUGAAAGCAUAACUAAUACAGACGCUGGACGAAUGGCUGAGCAGAUCUCGACCGGUCAUGCAAGUUCCUCCUCUCCCAAAUUAUUGUACUGCGAUGGUUUUCCCCCAUUUGCCUUCACUGGAACACCUCUGGUUUCUGUUUUCGCAAUGGCGGCUGGCAAUCUGCAGAAAGGGAAUCGCCACCUACGGCAUCCAGCAAGGUCCACUCUUUGUGUUGCUUCAUAGCGAGGAUGGCUCAGCAGCAGCCUGGCAUGUGCUAGCCUCAUGCCCCUUUUGCUUUGGCGUCUCAAACCUUGUCUGUGCUCUGGAAAAUUACCUGUUGUCACAUCAGGUGACAGUACUGGCAGCUGACCUGAUGCUGAACAUGGUUUAGCUGCAAGUGUGGAUGGGCAAAGCAUGAUCAGCACCAGUUCAGCUGCACUGCUUGCUGGCACCUGCUGUCUCAGUGGUAAUGUCGCUAGUGUACAGAACACCCCGACAAACAAAGCACAUCAUCUCCCGUGACCGACUGUGUUCUUCACUGCUUGUUACCAUGCUGGUUCCCCAUUCACUUUGAGAAAUCAGACCUCCUGCCCCCACCCAUGUCCCUUUCGUGGCACUGUGAUGCCCCCUCCCCUACCCUCCCAGUUUGCAGUGAGGCUAGUAUCAAAAGGCAACGUAUUGCUGAGGCACCAAGCCACAUGCCCUUUGUCCGCUAAAACACAUUUUCUUUCUCUUUCAGUCGACUGAAGAAAGAAGGUGACAAACAGUUGUAAUAAAUUAUUUAUUUGUAAUGCCGGCUAUGGAAACCCCAGUCCUUGGGAAGGAAUGGAACAUUUUUUACAUACAAUAAGAGCUGCAAAAGAAUAUCUUAUAAAGAUUUCUUUAUAUAUUUAAAUCUAAAGAAAACACCCACCUCCCCUACCAACAGCUAAAGACUUACUGGCAUAAAUAGUGUUCAUUUGUAGAGAAGAUUUCUCAAGACUGGUGUGGGCUUCCCUGCAUGACCACCUAUUCAGAAGCCUAUUGAAAAUACAGGACUGUUUGGAAUUCUCAGAGAACUACCCUGCAAUCUUGGGGGGGUUGUUUUUGUUUGAUUGAUUUUGGGUAGGUGCUAGAAUCAGGUUCACAACACGACAGUCACUGUGCGUGAAGAGACACUCAAUGCAUCUAUAUAUAUAUAUAUAUUAAAAGCAGAAAAAAAUAAGGAUUGCAAGUAGGUGGCAUAACAAGCUCUGAAUCCAAGUGCUAUAAUAAUAAAAAAAUUACUUUUAUUUUAAUACAUUGUAGGAAAUCUUCAUACUUUUAAAGAGAGCUCAGUUCUUCAGCAUGGCUUUUUAAGUCUGUAAAUAAUGUUUUGGGUGGUUGGGGAGGAAAAAUAACAAAACUCCACAAACAUAACAAUCUUGAUUUUCAGUAACAUCACAAAUCCUGGUAGUGACAGAAUACAGAGUUGAUUUUUAAUAAAAAUAAAUAUAUAUAAUUAUCCCUUUAAUUAAAGGGAAAUGAUGGGUGUCAAUAAUUUCAAAUGGGCAAAUGCUUGAAAUUUGAUUUGGUAGCAAUUAAAGGCAGUUGCAGGGAUAAUGUUACAAAUGACUGUUUCUGUUCUGUUUUUUUUCCCCAUUAUCAUUAUAUCUUUCCAUUCUGCAGAUGACUUUUGUUGAGUUCUGCUUCUCAGCAGUACAGAUGUCCCUUGGAACUGGCUUGCCCUUUCUGUCUCUAACAUAGAGGUUAUUGUUAAAUUUGGCUGUAAUCUGCCUCCUUCUAUUGUCUUUUAAAAACAAUUGUCUCGCUAAAUUUGUGUUAAGGUAUCUCUUUAAAUUUUAGCAAUUAGUAGCAAAAAUUCUAAGUAAUAUCUUCCUUUAAAUAUGAUGUGUAGCUCAAACUAUUAAAGUCAGGUUUAUGUGGGCAGAAUUUUUGGAUGGGGCCCACUUUCUCUGGCUUUUGUUUUACAUAUUUCUAAGGAGAGACUAGACAAUUGGACUACAGAGUUGUUUUUAAAGUUCUUUCACAAACACCAAUAAUCUAAAUGUAACCUGUCUCUUACUGAAGGCUGCUUGUUUUGGGUUUUUUUUUCCUAACCUGUCUUAAAGGGUUUGUGUAUCAAGGAACCUGCUGCUGUGAGAUUAGCCAGAGGUAUUAGUCAGAGUAUUGCUGACUCCCAACACAACUGGUUCAUGCUGAAUGGCCCAGAUUGGCUGGAAGAAGAACUUUGCCCAUGUGUCUCCAGGGCUGAUAUGGCAAAGGAGAGAGGGUGCACACAGUAGAAGAAUAGGCAUAUAUUUUUGUAGAUAGCUUUGCUCGCUGCCUAAGCCAAGAUGCACAUCUUUCUUGCGUGUGCACACACACACCCCAAAACCAUCUUUUUGUUGUUGCAUUAGCCAUGUUUUUGAUAAGGCAGAAGGUGGCGGAUCCAGAGAACAUCUGCAUCUGCUGGCCAUGUUUUCUACUGGUACAUAACCUCUUCCAUUCUCUCUCUUAACUCUUGAGGGCUGUAGCUCUGCUGUGGUAGACUGUUAUAUGUGGUGGUCAUGUCAUAGGACUGUAUUGAGCCAUGUUAGAUAAACUUGUAGUUAAUCAUUCAGCCUUGUGGAAGGCAUGGCAUGAAUGGUGCUUCACCACCACACAGGGCAGAAACCAACAUUACCAUCUUGCUACUCUUGGCUGCACUGACAGGUAGGUAAUGGCACCGAUUUAUUAAUUAAAACCUGCAUCAGGGAAUUCCAGGCUUAAUGUAGCGUGUGUGUCCAGGGGAGGAAGGCUUGUUUCAGUUCCAUCUCAUCUCUUUGUUCAUUCUUUCAUUCCAAUUUCCUUUUAAUGCCAUUUCAGUUCCUUAGAGUGAGUCAGUCCCAUCAGAACUCUGUGAACUCCUGUCUGCCAAGACUCCAGUGUUUGACACCUGGGAGUUCUCCGGCUUGGAUACCAAGAGAUUCACCCUAGAACCAGGAACGAUAAUAUUUGUACAUUACUUCCAGUCUCUGUCUAUGGUUGUCGGGUGAAACAACUUUAACACCUAUCCAGCAAGGAUCAUGGCAGAGGUGCUCAUAACAUUUCCCUGGCCAACAAAGAAAAAACAUCAAUGUACCGAAGGCUUUAUUUAAGUAAAUUUCCAUCAAAAUUCAAUUUUUUUUCACCGUCUAGAGGGAAGGGCAGGCAUGACACCACCACCUAUCGCACAUGAGGCUGCCUCCCUAUUUCAGGUUUUUUUGGUGUGUUGGGUUUUUUUUUGUAGAAAGAUGUUGAUUCCUUCAUGUUGUCCUUUCUCUCUCCUUCCAUUUUUCCAAAGAACAAAGUAGUGCUUUGCAAUCCCUAUUCAAAAAGCUUUCCCUUGAUCUUUUUUUUGCAGCUCAGUAGAAUCUUUUAUGUUUCUGACAUCGUGGCACAAAGAAGCCCUGAGAUUCUUCCAUCUCAAUCCAAUGAUUAACUACAGCUUUAUUUGCAAUGGCUUUUGAAACCAUCUUGGUGUUCGAUGCCCUGUUGUUAUAACCCAGACCUUUUGGUUUCCUUUCAGAAAUCUCUCUCAUUUUUUUCCUCUGUUUUGAAGAUUUUUUUUAUUUUGCUUUAGUGUUUCUGAAACGUCUCUUGUUCUAUGUCGUCAUGGUUGAGCUUGUUUCACUGCACCGUUAAAGCAGAGUGUACAUUCUGACUGCUACAUUUAUAUAUAUCUUGAAGCUUAAUGUAUAUAUGAGUAGUUUGCCAUGGGAUAACACAGUGUAAACAGAGUAGAAACCCAGAAAUCGUGACUUCUGUGUUCUCUCCAUUUGAGUAUUUUGUAAUUUUUUUGAAAUAUUUGUGGACAUAAAUAAAACCAAGCUACACUACAGCA